UUCACAUGCUAACAAGAGUACUUACUAUUCCUCUUCGUUUUCAAGCAGCGCCUUUCGUGCAUGUGCGGUUAUAGCAGGUGCAUUGCUGCACGUAACGGUGCAUCGAUAAUGGCCUCAUCCUGCUGUUACAAAGCAGAAUCCAUGCGCCCCAAUGCUCCUUCUACAUUCCUCAGUUUCUUCCUGUUUACCACUUCAAGACAAUCCACGUCACCAAUCCAUUGGCUACAUGGUACCUUCCUUGACUGACCUGGCAGCCAAGCCCAUGACUCCACGGAAGACUACGUCACUACGGACGGCGCGCUCCUUUAAGACCUCUAUCUGGCGCCCGAGCGAGACGAAGUCGGCGGGCGAGACGUCGUCGUGAGAAACGUCAUCGCCUACGCAGCAAUGUUUUAAGUAGCGCCUUUCGUCAUCUGCUCCUAGUCAUACAGAUCAUACAGGAGGGACGCCAGAGGUUUGUAAAACCUAUUGUCGACAUCAUGGAAAUUAUCAACAAAGUCCUGAAAGUGCCUACAAGCAAUCCGUUUGGGGCGCCGGGUCUUGUUCCUGCGAUGCCUUUUCAGAGCUAAGAUCCGCGUUCCGGCAUAUUGCAGAAGUGCUGCGUGCAGUCAUGCAUCUCCCUUAGAUCCCCGCCCUUCUGCCCUUCUUGCUCGACUACCUCCAAAUUUGGGCAGUUCCUUGCUCUUGUCAACCCUUUCUUUUUUUUUCUACUUUUAACUUCGAGUUAUCUUGUCUUAGUCGCUUUAGUCACUACGCCAGCCACCUGCUACAGGCCCAAUACUCGGAUUGAUCAAUCUGCGACACUGGACGACAAGGCCAACCACACCAUGGAGGACCAUAGGGAGAGUAGCGACAUGAAAGGCGACCCCAACAGAGAGAUUUCAGCCAUUGGGGAUACCAUUCUCAUCGUCGGGGCUCCUGGUUCCGAGAAUCCACAGCUCCGUCUCAGAGUUCAGUCGACUAUCCUUCGAGAGGCGUCUACGGUCUUCAGGACCAUGCUUUCCCCGCCUUGGGUCGAAAGUCAGGGGAUUUCGGCAAAAAACCCGAAGGAGAUUCAACUUCCGGAAGAUGAACCCAAAGCCAUGGAGGUUGUUUGUCUAGCAUUACAUUUCCGCAACAAUCUGAUGAAUCCUCACUGGCUCGAGGAACAGGGUGGACAAAGAAUGCUCGAUGUUGCCAUUCUCAUUGACAAGUACGACUUGAAGGCAUCGAUGCAGCUUAUCACCGACACGUGGUUCCGGCAGUCCAUGGGGUGUAUCAUGGAGGAGUCCAUAUACCGAAUGGCCGCAGCCUGGAUUCUCGAAGAGGAGGAGUUCUUUGCACAAUAUAGCUGGAUAUUCAUGAUCACCUAUCCAGGCCCUUACGCCAAACUUCUUUCCCAAGAGCUCCUUAGGGAAAGGUUACCUCCACAAACAUUCCAACCCAUUUGUUCGAUCCUGUCGAUCAUAGACGAGUUCAUUCCGCUUGCCGAAGAACAAAAGAUUUUCGUGAAGUCCUGGUGCACAUCUAUCCAUAAAAUGCACUACGAGAUCUGGGAUGCACACCUCCACAAAUAUGUCGUUAAGAGCGGUCCAACCAUUUGCUCCAGGCUUCCGGAGUGGAUGGAGAGAGAGACAAGCCUUUGCCUUCGGUGUCUGCGAGAGGAUGAAUCGCGUGGAGACUACACCUACUCUAGUAACAAUCUGCUUUGCGGGCACUCCAAAACAAGACAGCUGGGAUCUGCCGGUUCCGCGAUGAACCUGUUGGGCAAGCGAGAUACACAGAACAAUGACAAAGAUGGCACAGCUCCUGCAUGA